AUGUCAGCAACUACUGCACAGAAUGAUAUAGCAAAAUCAUGCUCUCAUUAUCCUAAAAAACAAAGAAAAAUAGGCAGUUUUUUUAACCAUUCUAUUGUAACAACAGUCCCUAAUCAGAAUGAACAAUUUGACCCUGAGGAUAUCUUUUAUGGCACCACUUUACCUGAUCACUCUUCAUCAGUAACAAAUAGUAUCUCAGCAGCAAAAUCAAAAGUACCUGUACAGGCAGAAUGUGUUUCUCAAGUCACACAUACAUCGUUACCUUUUGAUCAGAUCAUCUCCAAAGAUUUUGCACCUUUUAGACAGUGGUACAAAGGCUUCAAACUUGAUGCUGCUUGGUUGCAGAGACACCAUUCAGAACUGAAAGCAAUAAAACUGGGUUCUCGUAAAGGUCUAAAAUGCAAACUGUGCUACGAUAACAUUUCUGAAGCUAAAAAGUAUGCUCGAAAUGGUACUGUCCCAAUAGCUGAUGGUGUUCGGUGUGACGGCAUGCAACAGCUUCAAAGAAUUAUUGAUCACUUGAAAGGUGGUGCUCAUAGUGCUGCACAACGGGCCGAUCUUGCACGAAAGCAAUGGACCGCACAAUCUGACAAACAUCCAUGGGUAAAAAUUUUGAAACAACACAAUAUUGAACUGAUAUCAACUCUUAUUCGCCUUACAGUUGAUGUACACAAUGAUUCAGUAACCAAAACGCUGUCAGCUUGGUCUUGGCCAAGUCGUUCACUAGCACAAAUGCAUGCAAAAAACCAAGUUAAGCAAUACAUUGAUCACGGUCUUGAUUGUGACUUUGUGGCGUUUAAUCCACCCCAGUCAGCAUUGCAUUACAGAAAUCCUGACCGGUACAGAGAGAUAUUAUCAUUUGCGUCCAAGCAUGAAUUGAGCAGAGUUAUUCAAGCAUUGAAAAUCGCAGACUGUGUCGCCCUAAAAAUUGACAAAUCUGUUGAUAAAUACAAUGCUGACAGUCUGUUUGUUACUGCCAGAUACAUGGACAACACUAAUUUUGAGAUGAAAGCUAGUUUUCUUGGCGAAUGCCACAGUGAGUUAAGAGGAGUAAUUGGGAUGGUCGAUGCUUUGCAGAAACGUUUCCAGUAUCUUGAAAUUGAAGAUGUCAUUAAAGCAAAGAUGGUGGGUCUUACGACAGAUGAGGAAAAUUCAAAUACUGGACGUCACGGGGGGUUGUGGGUAAAGAUGUCUGAGUAUUUAGGGCACAACAUGUUGACAUUUUGGUGCAUAGCUCACAGAUCUGUCCUGGCUUUUGAAAGCGUUGAAAAUGUGGUUCCGAAGUUUCGUCAUUGGUUAACAGAUGUAAAAAAUGUCGCUACUUAUUUUCGUGGUCAAGCUACCGACAAGAAAACCUGCAUGAAAUUGCUGCAAAUUUGGGUGAGACUGCUAAACAUUUUCCACGACAUCAUGAAGAAGACAGUUGUACAACAAGGUGAAAAUAAUGAAAAAAAUAAUGAAAAGCAAAGAGCAAGAGGUUUUCUGAAGGAUUGGUCCCAAACUUCAUUCAACUUGAACAUGAGUGCUGUCGCUUUGGAUAUCUUGCGACAGUUCACUGAUUUACAAAAAGAAGCUCAAUGCACGUUUGUUACCUUGGCUGAUUUGAUGCAAAAACGCGACCACGUACUUCAGCAAUUUGUAGAUGAUGCUGUUGGUUACUAUUCAUCAUUUGGUGCUUCAUCUUUUAAGCCGCAUGAAAGCAAUACUGCCAAGUUGUACUUAUUGCUACAAAAAACAACACUGUCGUCUCUUUUAAACAAGCUGGUUCAAACAUUUCUUAUAACUUGCCCUCACAGCAUGAUCACGGAACGGUUGAUGCAAUAUCUAUUAGGCUCCCGUGAUUUGAAAAGAAUUGGUACUAUAAUUAUCAUUUCCAAAACUUUUAAAACUUUGUCACCUAGUGAAAAUUUCUUAGACGAGGCUCUGAUUAAUCCAGAUAUUUGGCCAAGAUACACGUUCCUUCGCGAAUGGGACUUCUCGUAUACGAAAAAAUCUUAUGACAACAACACGAAAAGAAAAUCGAUCCUCAACCAUGGCUUCGUUAAAUGA